AUGAAGCACUUUGUGGAGGAUCAAGCCAAGUUGUUGCCCAGUUCCAUCAAGGACUUGCAAGCGAGGCGGCAUUUCCGCAUCCCAGUUGGUCCACCUCUCGCGCUGGGACUUUUGCAGAUGCCCGUUGGCAUGGCAUACAACCUGGUGAUGGCCAUCACCACGGAUUUCCAGUCCACCACGUAUACCUCCUGUCAUGCCUUCAACAUCUUUCCCACUACAUCGGCGGCUGCCAAGUCUCAGCACAAAGUUUGGGCUGUGGUUUGCUGGCUGGAAUUCCCAUUUCUCAUUGCCAGUGCAUGGCUGCAUAUCCGCUUCUAUCGGAGGAAUCUGCCCAGGCCGGUGCGUAGUUUCGGUUGCCUGAUGGCCAUCGUUAUGGCUGUCAGUAGUUUCAGUAUGCUGCUAUGGGGCAACUUUGCCCAAGAGGAUGGCGACUCAUUGCUGCACAUAGGCAUUGCCUUGUCGCUAUUCGGAUCGUGUGCCAUUUACAUGGCAGGUUCCUUUGUGUGCGCCAAGUACUAUAUGCGCGAAAGGAGUGGGCAGAUGCAUGAUGAACUCUCCUUGCGGCUGAAGAGCGGCCUGGUGCUCACCUACUACACGUGGGUGGUGAUCAUGUGGAUCUUUUACUUUGUACACCAGAAGUUUUGCCUUCCCUUGGCCUACUCCGUGUUCGGUAUAGGCGAGUUCAUCUCCUGCGAGUGCUUCUUUAUUUAUCUGAGCACGGUCUACUUUGACUUCUACCACGUCUACAUAUACUACGAUCAACGUUUGGGUUUCUUCCUCAGCGAGUUGUAAUCAGUUCCCAAUUGCUUAUGAAAUGUAUUAAACAACAAUAUACAAAGAACACAAAAA